UCCACAUUUCCGGUCCCAAAGAAUAUCGGCCAUGUUGGGAGUUCCUUCCUGUUUUGUUUUCGCACUGCAAUAAACAGGAACGAUAAGCACGUAGCUUCUGCUGAGUUGUGUCAGGGAGUGGAUUAUUUGGCUGCAGUUGUUGUUUGGUCAGAAGAUCUGAAUCACUGAAGGCACUGCUCAGGAAGUAAAUUCUAGGGAUCACAAGGAUCGGUUUUCUCUAUUCUUGACGGACAAGAAGACAAGAACGACACCAUGCCGACCCCUAAGGCAUUACCCCUACACAAGGUCAUCAUGGUGGGCAGUGGAGGGGUGGGCAAGUCUGCUCUGACACUACAGUUCAUGUAUGAUGAGUUUGUGGAAGACUAUGAGCCGACUAAAGCAGACAGUUAUCGCAAGAAGAUAACACUCGACGGUGAAGAGGUACAAAUAGACAUCCUCGAUACAGCAGGACAAGAAGAUUAUGCAGCCAUACGAGAUAACUACUUCAGGUCAGGCGAGGGCUUCCUGUGCGUGUUUAGCAUCACAGAGCAAGAAUCGUUUGCUACCACGUCGGAAUUCAGGGAGCAGAUUUUGAGAGUGAAGUGCGAUAAAACAGAGGACAUGAUUCCGUUCCUACUCGUUGGAAACAAAGCAGAUUUAGACGACAAGCGGCAAGUGAGUCAAGAGGAGGCACAGAACCGAGCUGCAGGAUGGAAAGUUCCCUACGUAGAGACAUCCGCUAAGACAAGAGAAAACGUCGACAAGUCGUUCUAUGACCUCAUGCGGAAAAUCCGCGAGCAGAAGGCGAAAGAAAACCAGAAACAGAACGGCAAGAGCAAGAGCAAAGACACACCGGGGCGGCAUAAACGGAAGUGUGUCAUCCUGUGAGGCUGUGUGAUUGUUGUGCGUCCAUACUGAAUGUUUUCUAACCAAGUGGAUGUUAAUCUCAUGUGUAUUAUACAAACAAUGAAAAAAAAGUAAAGGGGUUUGGUAGCCAGUGGGUACAUCGAGGUACUUUCAGGUGCUUUGGGUUUGGGAGUCAUUAAGGGAAAGGGUACAGCAAGGCGCUUUUAGGUGAUUUUGAUUGAAAUACAAGUAUCUUAUGAGAGCCUGAAAGGGGUACAUCAAGGCGCUUUUAGGUGCUUUUAGUUAAAUAAGAAGUAUCUAUGAAAGUCCGAAAUGGGUACAUUAUGGCGCUUUUAGGUGCUUUUGAUUGAAUUAGAAGUAUCUAUAACAGUCCAAAAUGGGUACAUCAAGGCGCUUUUAGGUGCUUUUGAUUGAAUUAGAAGUAUCUUCUCCUAGAACUAUGAAACAUACCUACAUAAGAUUUUCAAAAUUCUUUCUACUUCGCCAGUCGUCUAUAAUUUUUCCAAAAGAUAUUCAAUCAUUGAAAAAAAA